UAUCACCGGCGGCGUGAAGGCGCGCGCUCGCGAGAGUCGAGAGGGGCGAGGCGACACAUCGCGCACAGCCUUUGUUCGCAGGCGACGGUGCCGAGCGGGCACUCUCUCAGGUGCUCGUCGACGGGCGAGCAGUGUCUGCGCGCGCGCGUGAUAUACAUGCCACCAAGGUGUCCGCGCGUAUUUGACGCACCAUCGUGGACGCAUUGACGCUCCUAUUCUCGAGCGGAGGCUCGCUGAUUGCUUGCCUAACCUCGUUUCGCCAGUGCACGACCCCGGCGUAACCAUGGUGGGCACCUUCCAUAUGUCAACGAGCUCGCAGUGCGUCAAGUACCUUAUGUUCACCUUCAACCUGCUGUUCGUGAUCACAGGAAUAAUCUUGAUAUCGAUAGGAUCAGCGAUACAUGGCAUCUAUAGCAAUUACCAUCACUUCCUCGACGACAAAUUUUUCUCAGUGCCGAAUCUGUUGAUCGCAAUUGGAUCCAUCAUCUUCUUCAUCGCCUUCUUCGGAUGUUGCGGAGCUAUCAAAGAGAAUUACUGCAUGAUCAUCACGUUUACAGCGCUGAUUGUCUUAGUAUUUAUUUUGGAGUUAGCUGCGGGCAUAUCUGGAUAUGUACUGAAGAACGACGUGUAUAACGUUCUUUCGGAAAAAAUGCUGAAUACAAUGAAAAAUUAUAAUGGAACCGAAGAGAUUUUUGUAUUUUGAGACUUCAUUCAAUCUACAUACACGUGUUGCGGUACAAAUGGACCUAAAGACUGGGAGAAUUACUUCCAAAAUUUGCCAAUGUCUUGUUGUCCGCCGAUUCCAGGGAGUAUCGGACAUAUAGAUUGUACAUUGGACACUCUGAAACAUUAUAACGUGGGCUGUAUUGACGCCAUAACCACUUUUAUCCAAUCUCAUGCGCUUCAAUUAGGAGGUACGGGUAUCGGUAUCGCAUUUAUACAGUUGACGGGUGCUAUGAUAGUUUCAGUAGGCACAACAAUCUACGCGGUGUAUGAAGACUUUUCUCAUUUCUUAGACUCGAGCUACUUUUCGCCCGCGACUCUGUUGAUCGUCGUCGGCGCUCUCAUUUUCGUAAUUGCUUUUUGCGGCUGCUGUGGCGCAAUCAAAGAAAGUACCUGCAUGGUUUUGGUGUUUGCAGUAUCCUUGUCGAUAGUUCUAAUAUUAGAAUUUUCGGCUGCCGUUGCCGCCUAUGCUCUUCAAGAUAAUAUCACGAGUCUUUUGGAGAAAAACAUUAAAUACACGAUGCAAUAUUAUGAGAAGAGCCACGAAGCCAAAUCAGCAAUAGAUUUCCUACAAUCAAAGCUACACUGCUGUGGAUAUAGCGGUCCACGUGAUUGGACAGAUGUUCUAACGACUGGCAAUAGUACUGCAGUGCCACCUUCGUGCUGUCAUAACUUGUACAGCGAAGUGGAUAUAUGCACAUCUAUUUAUCCGCAAGGAUGUUAUCAUGGAUUGUCACUUGUUGUCAACCGCAGUGCUCUGUACUUGAUUACCGGAGCAGUAAUGAUUGCACUUAUUCAGUUGGCUGGUAUUAUGUUUGCUUGUACGUUGGGCAAGGCGAUCAGAAAACAGAAGACCGAAAGGGAAAGACGUCGAUGGCAAUUACGACAAAGUUUAUUGACUGGCUACGAACCACUCGGUAAAACUGAUCCUUUUUCGGCGUUCCCAGUUGUCUAUAUGACGAAUGAAGAUACUUUUAAAAAUAAUACAACAGUUAGUAGUUAAUAAAAAUUCAAUAUUCCUCGAGGUAGGGAGUACAUCAAUCAAAACUUACUAUUUAAGUGAAAUAAAAAUUAUUCAUUAAUAGUCUAGUA